AUGUGUUCGUUGUGUCAUGGUUUUUAUUCGAAAUCUUAUUACUCUCGUCAUAUGAAUGCAUGUGGAAAAGACUCUUCUCAUUCAAAAUGUGCAGUACCGGUUGAAAUCCUUACUGAUAAAUCACAAGAAGGAUUAAGUCAAAAUUUCAAAACUGAAAUUUUGCAAGUGAUUAGAGACGAUCCUAUUGGCAUUACUGUGAAGAGUGAUCGAACAAUUUUGAUGAUUGGGUCACUACUUUACGAGAAAGUGAGAAGAAAACUUAGCAAAAAAAGUGAAGUUCAAAAUUCUGUUCGAAAUGAUAUGAGACGAUUAGGCCAUCUAUACUCACAUUUUAAAAACUAUGAAGUAAAACCAAUUUAUUGCAAUGCAGCCGAUAUGUUUCUUCGACAAAAUUUUAGUUCUUUGAAGCUUGCAAUUGAAGUAUAUACAGAUACGUAUUCUGAAAAUCAAAAAUCAGGGUUAAAAGCUGCCUUAUAUUAUUUAAUUUCUAGCAGUGCAAAAAAAUGUGUCGGAAGCUUUUUGGCUCAAGAUAAUGACGAUUCAGCUAAAUCAAUCUCUGAUUUUUUAGUUCUUCUGCAACUUCGUAAAGAAGAGAUAUUUGGAGAUGCAACAUAUGAUUUGAAUGAACGCAGAAACAUUAGUUUAAAGAAACCAUCAAAAUUACCAAUUGAAUCAGAUAUUCAAAUGAUACGUGAUUACUCCAUUUCUGUCAUGAAAAAGUACAAAGAGGAUAACUUUGUCCUAUGGGAUCUUCACGCCUACGUUGAACUGCGUGAUGCUGCAUGUACAAGGCUUGUUCUAUUUAAUGGUAGACGAGGCGGCGAGCCUGCCCGUCUUUUUUUACGCGAGUGGUUUGAAGCAGCAAAGGAUGCAUGGCUAGAUGAACAACGUUCAAAUCAUCUUGUCCCUGUUUUAAUUCCCGAAGAUACUGUCCGUGCUAUGGAAAUUUUAUCCGAUCCAGUUGUUAGAAGUAAUGUUGGAGUUCUGGAAUCAAAUGUUUACGUAUUUCCUAGUUGUCAAAGUUCAGAAAAGCAUUGUUCAGGCUGGCAUAGUUUAACUAACGUUUGUGAUAAAUUGCCUAUAAUAAACAAGUCUAGAUUAACUGGUACAACAAAUAGACAUAGAUUAAGCACGCUUAUGGCUGCAAUAAAUCUUAGUGAUUUAGAAAAAAGUUUAGUUUUUAAACAUUUUGGUCAUAGCAAAAAUAUAAAUGAAAAUAUUUAUCAAGCACCAGCUGCCCACCAACAAAUUUUGUCUACAGGAAAACACUUGUUGGCUAUCGAUGCAGGAAGCGGACCCAAGGAGCACAAACGUAUGAAAACCAGUUCAAGUUUGAUUCAAACAGUAGAUCCUAAUGGAUGUGAACCUGAAAAUGGAGGCAAACUUGAAAGUAAGACAACUGAUCUUUUACAUGAAAAACCUUUAAAUAGUCAUCUGUCAAAAGAAAUUCAAAAUCCAAAUGUGGAACUGAAUCACUCUCCUGCUCAAAAAUUUGAAGAAAGAAUAUAUACUCAGUGGUCAAAAGAACAAGAAGAACUAUUGGAAGAAAUGUUUUUUAAUUUUAUUUAA